AUGGGCGCCGUCGUAUCCUGCAUCCAAUCCUGCAUCCGCACAAUCGGCCGCACAAUCAUGGCCAUCAUCAACGGCAUCGGCGGCAUCAUCAUGGCCAUCGUCAGCGGCAUUGUCACAUUCCUCGACACCAUUGUUGGGUGUUUGACGUGUAACACCUGUGGCGGACACCGUCGGCACCGGGGUACGAGCAGGAGUGGAAGGGGUUUUGGGAGGAGGAGACAUGUCGGACGGACUAGUGCUAUUUAA